UAUUUGAUUUGAUAACUAACCUUAAAUGUCACAAUAAUUAAAAAGGGGAAAGCAAAGGAAGUGCAUAGCAUAGGUGAGAAGAAAGGAGGAAUGAUGAAGAGAAGAGGUGACUGAUAUCAUUCACUCACUGCAGCAGAGAGAGCAAAGAGCAAAGAAAAAAAGAAAACCUUUGGAUCCCAAAAAAGCCAUCUUUUUUCCCACCCCACUUUCUCUCUUCCCAAACACCGCCGUAUUUCGCUUUCUUUUAUCCCUUCCAUGCCACACUUCUCUUCAAUUCUUCUUUUUUAAUCUUAUCUUUCUUCUUCUCUCCACCCUUUCACCACUGUUGGAGAGAAAAGGGUCUCAUUCACACUCACCAAUGGGAGUUCGUUGCUCUAAAUUCUCUCUCUGCUGGUGGCCUUCCCACAUCAAAUCAAACCUUCAUGACUUGUCUGAUAAUGAUGAUGAUGGGAAGAGGAAUGAGAAGGAUCCUUGGGGAGGGUUCAGUGAGUACAGUUUGGAUCAGCUGAGAGUUGCCACCUCAGGAUUUUCACCGGACAACAUUGUCUCAGAGCAUGGAGAGAAGGCUCCAAAUGUUGUCUACAGAGGGAUGCUUGAAGAUGAUAGGGUGGUUGCUGUGAAGCGCUUCAACAAGUCUGCUUGGCCUGAUUCUCGACAAUUCCUAGAGGAGGCACGUGCAGUGGGGCAGCUAAGGAAUGAGCGUUUAGCUAACUUGGUUGGAUGUUGCUGUGAGGGGGAGGAGAGAUUGCUUGUGGCAGAGUUCAUGCCUAAUGAAACACUCUCCAAACAUCUUUUUCACUGGGAAAGCGAGCCUAUGAAAUGGGCAAUGAGGCUGAGGGUGGCCUUGUAUUUAGCUCAAGCUUUGGAAUACUGCAGCAGUAAGGGAAGGGCAUUGUACCAUGAUCUUAAUGCUUAUAGAAUUUUGUUUGACCAGGAAGGCAACCCUAGACUCUCUUGUUUUGGACUCAUGAAAAACAGUAGGGAUGGCAGAAGCUACAGUACGAAUUUAGCCUUCACUCCUCCAGAGUACUUGAGGACAGGAAGGAUCACUGCUGAAAGUGUAGUUUACAGUUUUGGCACCCUAUUGCUUGAUCUUCUGAGUGGAAAGCAUAUCCCUCCCAGUCAUGCACUUGACCUUAUACGAGGUAAAAAUUUUCUGAUGCUGAUGGACUCAUGUUUGGAAGGUCAUUUUUCAAAUGAUGAUGGAACUGAGUUAGUGAGAUUAGCUUCGCGAUGUUUACAAUAUGAACCUCGUGAGAGACCAAAUGUUAAGUCGCUUGUGACUGCUCUAUCCUCUCUUCAGAAAGAAACUUCGAUACCGUCAAAUGUUUUAAUGGGCAUACCAGAUAGGAGUCUGUCAUCAAAGGAAACAGUUUCAUUGACACCUUUCGGUGAUGCUUGUUCAAGAAGAGAUCUGACUGCAAUACAUGAAAUUUUGGAAAAGGUGGCAUACAAGGAUGAUGAAGAUGUUGCAAAUGAGCUGUCCUUCCAAAUGUGGACAAAUCAAAUACAAGAAACUCUAAAUUCUAAGAAGCAAGGCGAUUCUGCUUUUCAUGCUAGAGACUUCUCAAAGGCCAUUGACUGCUAUACACAGUUUAUCGACGGUGGAACCAUGAUAUCACCAACCGUGUAUGCCAGGCGCUGCUUAUGCUACCUGAUGAAUGACAUGGCACAAGAAGCACUUGGAGAUGCCAUGCAAGCUCAAUCAAUAUCUCCCGCCUGGCCAACUGCAUACUAUCUUCAAGCAGCUGCUCUCUUCAACCUUGGCAUGGACAAUGAUGCACAGGAAAGUCUUAAAGAUGGCACAACACUCGAAACCAGGAAGUAUAGAAAUUGAAACUGUAUAGUCUUUUUCCUUUCUUCUACUUCCCCACAUUGAUCAAGCAAAUUUUUUAUAUAUUGCUGUUAGCUGUAUGUAAUUUAUAUAUGCUUUAGACUCCUAAUUGCGAUGGCUAUGGCAUCCUUGCA